AUGGGGAACAGCAAGAGCGGUGCCCUGUCCAAGGAGAUCCUAGAGGAGUUGCAACUGAACACCAAGUUCACAGAGGAGGAGCUGAGUGCCUGGUACCAGUCCUUCCUGAAGGAGUGCCCUAGCGGCCGCAUCACACAGCAGGAGUUCGAAAGUAUCUAUUCCAAGUUCUUCCCGGACUCCGACCCCAAGGCCUACGCGCAGCACGUGUUCCGCAGCUUCGAUGCCAACAGCGAUGGUACGCUGGACUUCAAGGAGUACGUGAUUGCUCUGCACAUGACCACGGCGGGCAAGCCCACGCAGAAGCUCGAGUGGGCCUUCUCGCUCUACGACGUAGAUGGCAAUGGGACCAUCAGCAAAAACGAAGUGUUGGAGAUCGUCAUGGCUAUCUUCAAAAUGAUCAAGCCUGAGGAUGUGAAGCACCUCCCAGAUGAUGAAAACACCCCAGAAAAGCGGGCUGAGAAGAUCUGGGCAUUCUUUGGAAAGAAAGAUGACGAUAAACUUACAGAGGAGGAAUUCAUCGAGGGGACCUUGGCCAAUAAGGAAAUUCUGCGACUGAUCCAGUUUGAACCUCAAAAAGUGAAGGAGAGGAUAAAGGAAAAGAAACAGUGAUGGGCACCGCUCGACUCUCGCCCACCCCACCCCCACACAAGCACCUGCAGUGUGCGCAUGCAUGUGUCAGCCUGCACACAGCACACCCUGAGUCUGGAGAGGUGGGGAACCCAACCUCUCCCUGCCAACUGAAGGUCCUUAGCAAGACACAAUU